AUGGACCAGCACGACUACUCUGUUGGCGGCAGUGAUUCAUCGCAGCGAAUCGACGAGUCAGUGAGCGAGGCCGGCGCCGCCGCACCGAUCGCCAUGCGUCACUUGUCCGCCGACCCCGCCACCGUUCGACGGGGGCUCGGAGUCUCCUUUGUACCCGCCUCCGAACAGCGAUUGCUUCCUUCUCUCGGAAUCGGCAGCAGCCGCUUAGGAUCGUCGCCGAAUCCUUGGGAUCUGUGGGUGGGGACCAGCGCUCCGUUGGGCGCGGAGAAUCUUAUUUACAGUGGUACGACCAUGCCGUCACCAGCCGCACGACCUCAUUUGAAUCUCUUCCGCGGCGGUGAAGAGCGUUCUUCAGUGCACCGUGAUUUUCCUGCAAACGCAUCUGACCUUUCGCUUCACGCCGCGCUCCCCCAGUCCCUCGCAGCCUCAACAGCCGCCGUAGGCGUCGGCUCGCCGCUGCAGUUGGCGCCGCGAGCGACGUCUCGAGGCGCCCCUCCGCCUCUGGUGCUAACAUGUGGGCAGGACGAACAGCAAGGCCUUAGCGCUGGCGGUGCACGCAGCUCGAGUCGCGAGCAGGCGCUAGAGGCGUCGUUGAUAGGGUUCCCCUCCGCCCUCAUUCACGCCAUGAACGUUGGGGUCGCGCCCGGGCGCAGUGACAGCAGCGCAGCGGCGGCAGGCGCGGCAUUGGGUUCGAGAGGAGGAGAGCAGGGAACGGCAACGGUCAGGGCGAGCGCAGCGAGCGUGCAGUGGGGCAGCGGCCUUGCUCUGUCGCAGCCUGCCCUACCCGCGGCUCGUGAGAUCAGGUUCGCUCUGCUGGGCGAGCGGGAAUCAGCAGGGGAAGGGGAUAGAGCAGCUGCUGGGAGAAGCGGGGCAGCGGUAGAAGCGCGGGGAGGAGGAGUAGGAGGGGAAGAGGGGGGGCAGAAGGAGGGGCUGAAAGGGCUGUUUGGCCUGGGACAGGCAGAGGCCCCUGGGGCACAGGCGUUGGUAGGGCACCAACGGCGCCAUGAUGACCCCUGUGGCAGCGGUGCUGCUGCACCUCUGCACUCCACCUACCCUCAACCAGCAGCCCCUUCUGCUGCUGCUUCUGCUGCUGCUGCUGCUGCUGCUGCUGGUGGGGCGGGUGGAGCAGCUGAGCUCAGGUGCACGCUGGGGGGGAGUGUGGGAGGCUCUGAGCCGCAGGAGGGCAGCAAGUGCUUGGGAGGGGCGUUUCUGUCCCUUGGUUUCCCUGGCACCAGUGCUGUGAGCAGCAGUAGCACCGAUGGGCUGCCCCGGAUGCUGACUGCCAUGGGAGGAGGCAGGGACAAUGCAUGGCAGGCCAAUCACAUGCACCAAGGAGCCGCAUCACAGCACUUCCACGUGCUGCCUAGACAGGAGCCGGUGCUGCGGGGCGCAGAGCAGCAAGGCAAGAGAGUGGAAGAGGUUGGAACCAAGGGUCUGUCAGAGCUGCUGCUGCGCGCACGCGGCAGCAGAGAAGCCUCUCCCAUUCAUGCACGCUCGCGCGUGGAGGUGGGGGCGUCCGCGGCCAGAGGGGAGGGCUUGAGGGCAGGCCCCCGUGAGGACGUGUGGCUGGGCUUGGGCGCGGGGCUGGCGCUGCAGGGCGCUGUGGGCGGCAAGGGGGGCGCGGGGGAAGGACGGCUGGUGGCGGGGGGCGCUGUGGACUCAAGUGCUGUGAUAUCAAUCGGUGGGGCUGUGGGGGCCGGCUCUGGCGAGUUCUCUCCUGCUGCCCUUGCUUCUGGUGCUGUGGGGUCGACGCAUGGGGAGGGCGGAGAGGUGGCGCAGGAGAGGGGUGAGGAGGGCAGGGGCGCGGGAGGUGGGAGAGCAGGUGGCGGCAGUGGAAGAAUAUGGAGUGGAGGGGAGCGGGAGGGCAGUGUGGACAGUUGUGAGGUGGAACUGACGUCACACAAGGACUACUACAGGCGGCACCGCGUGUGCGAGGCACACGCCAAGGCCACGCAUGUGCACAUCCAGGGCAAGGCACAGCGCUUCUGCCAGCAGUGCAGCCGCUUCCACGACCUGUGUGAGUUUGACGACAGUCGUCGCAGCUGUCGCAGGCGCCUGCUGGGCCACAACCGCAGGCGCCGCAAGCAACAGCACCAGCCGCUGCUGCAAGGCACCUCACCGCCCCAGCAGCCCCUUGCACAGCCACCACCACUGCAACCGCAGCAGCAGCAGCAGCAGCAGCAGCGAGCAGCUCUUCUAACCCACUCUUUCCAAGAACUCGGAACGUGGUUGAAGGGAAGGACGUGGCAGUGGGGAUAA